AUGGGCCCUGAGGUGUCCGACCAAAGACUCGACUUGACAAGACGCCGUUUGGCAAAUCAGAUAUUGGAUCGGGACAACUCUGAGCCAGAGAUUUGGCUCACACUCGAGCAAUCAUUCGUCAAGGUCAGGGCGACCGACAGAGAUAUCAUCCUCUUCCUUCGGACGCUGUGGCGCUUGUUGGCACGCUGUUUUCGUCCUUAUCACAUACCCGCAGCUAUUGGCGUGGUAUUGGACGGGAAAAGGGAACCUGCGCGGCAGCGCCGCAUGUUCUCCCCGACCGUGAAUAGAGACGAGACGAGACGCGACCAAGCUAGACUGGAAUCAAGCCACGCCGAAAAGAGCCAUGUCGGCGACCUCAGCCAGAUACUCGACCAGGCCCUCGCGCUCGACAAGGAGAUGAGCGUGCAGGUCUCUCUGGUGAUGCUGUUCAGACAAGACUUGAAGCCUCCCCUUCACUUCAAACAGGAUGAGAUGGAACUAGAGCAUGGGGAAACGCUUUCCACUACCGACCAGCAAGUGCUUCUCAUUGUCUCGCCAGCAAUGACGAGGUGUGGAAAGCCUUCCGGCGAGGACUCCGACCAGGAGAGGCUUCUCCUACCCAUAAAGGUCUCUUGUGACCCCGGCACCCGGCACAGAAUGACAAGGGCCACAAACCCUUGGGGCAUACUCACAUACCUGAACCCUAGAUAGAUUCCUUUCCUCCUCAUCUGUAAUAGACUGUUUAUGAGGAUAGCAGAAUGCACGGCGACCGUAACAUUUGAUAUGCAUUUUCUACUGGCCCACUGUUGCGUUCUGUUCCCAGGGUAGAGCACCUGUAGUCGG